AAAUGUCUAACUGUCUACACUGUACCGCCCCAUUGGCAUUGUCUGGUGAUUUUCAUGAGUGGGCGUGUGGCUCGAAAAUGGCUGAACACAAGCAAAGAUCUCUCAAAGUUUUCUUAUCUUCUGCUCCUAUUCUCUCUGAGCUACUGGAGCACAUUGAUGUUGGUACUAAGUGGUACUUCUUGGGUACACUGCUACACGUUGAUGAUAAGAGAUUGGAUGGUAUUGAGCAGCUACAAGGACAUGAUGAUACAAGCAAGACAUUAAAGAUGUUUCAACACUGGCUGUCCACUACUCCUACUGCUAGUAGGAGACAAGUUCUGGGAGCAUUGAGAAAGAGAGUCAUUAGUGAGCAUACAGUUGCUGAUAAAUAUGAAAAGUAUUUAAAGGAGCUUCAUGACACUACUUAUACACCACCACCUACUGAAGCAGUUUCUAUUCUUGAAAGAAAUAUUCAAUCACUGAAUGAAGCUCUUGUCUCUCCUGUACAAGUGUCUCAACUGCUAUACUGUAAGAGAUGUAUAAGUGAAGCUACUCUGGAUGAAAUGGAGAGGAUAGAUCAGAGGAGGUCACUGGAUGACAAGAAGACCAUUCUAUUGACUGCCAUACAAGAAACAGUGACUAGUGACUACAGGAAACUUAAAGAUAUUGCUACAGUCCUGUCUGAUGUUGAAGAAACAAGAGAUAUAGGCAGAGAAAUGAUGGCUGAAUUUGAAUAUGAAGAUAAAAUUCCUCAAGAGGGUGUUAGUGUAGUAGCACAACCACAGGAGGUAGUAGGUGGUAAUGAAGGUCGUGCUAGUGAUAUAUUGAGGAAUAAUUACAGUGCUCUUUCUCAGUCAAUUACUGCACCAGUUUGUAUGGCAAGGUUGCUUCAUGAAGAGGUUAUAUCUGAUGAGGCUGUGUCUUGUGUCAUGUCUACCAGAGGUUCUGUGUCUGACAGUAGAGCAGUUCUCCUCAAAGCUGUACGAGAUGCUGUUCACUCUAAUUACAAACACCUGGAGUUGUUUGUUACUAUAUUGAGGAAGUUCUCAGAGACUGCUCAUAUUGGUGAUACUAUUUUUGAAGAAUACAAACAUAAUUUCCUUACUGAUGAUGAUGAUGUUGAAGAGAUGGAGACUUACUUAACUGAAAGAGGAAAUUCUAGUCUCUCACAAUAUCCGUCAACUUCAAGUGACUCAGAAACUGAAGACUUUGCAAUUUGUGGUCAUAAAAUACCAUUUCCUCGAACUAUGAGAAAAGAAUUUAAAGAAAUGCGAACAAAGUUUGGAUCAACUUUUUAUAAUGUACGACUUCUUUUCUCAGAAAAAAAUCCUAAAUCAUCUGGCAAGCACAAGAAAAAGGCUUUAGAUGUCAAUGAAAUGAAAAUGCUGCUUUCUGACAUAUUUCCUGAUCUCCAGUCUGAGCUUUCUCAUAAAAAAACAAUUGAUGAUGUUCUAGAUGUGGUGAAGAGAAAAUGUAGCAUUGUUGAUGUUCAUCCACUUGAAGUAUUAGCUGUUCAUUUUAAAGUAAAAGAGGCUGAAAACAUCAUCAAAGAACAUAAAGAAGCUGCUAAAAAUUUUUGCAAGUCAGUAUCUGUGAGUCUUUCCAAUAAUGAAACAUUGCAAGCAAUUCCUACACGAUAUUUAUUAUCUGAAACCAUAACCUUUGUUCUGAACUGGGAUCCUGACAGAACCACCUUGCAAGAUAUCAAUGAUGUGCUUUUGGAGUUAGAGCUUCUUCACAAAUAUUGCAUAAAAGUAGUUGGAGUUAGUCCUGGUCAAUCAGUUGUAGUAACUUGCUACUGUCCUGCUGAAUACACUGGCUCACUGAUAAUGGCUGUCCUUGAUAAGAUAGAGAUACUGCAGGAGAGAGGAUUGAAGGAGUUUAUAAUAGGCAACUGUACUAUAUGGAAUAGUAGUCAGGUAGUGGGUGAAAACACAGGGCCUGAGGUGAAGGAUUUGCUAGUACAGAUUUAUGAAUUGAAAGCUGCUUUAGAAGAAAAAAAUACAAGGAUAAUAGCUACUGAAAAGGAGUUAGAAACAAUUAAGGAACUUUCAGAAAACAGAUUAAAAGAAAUAGAAACAUUAAUGAUAGAUUUUAAAGAAAGUCGUUGCAUUAAUGUUCAAAAUGAACAAGUGAUCAAUGAACUGAAGGAGAAAAUGUCAACACUAAGAGAGAAAAUUGUAGUCAAGGAAAAUAUAUUAAAUCAAUUGUUGAAAGAUACAGCAUUAUGGAAGGAAUUGUCAGAGAAUAGACUACAAGAAAUAGAACAAUUGAAACUGAGACUUGAAGACAAUAAUGUACAAGAGGAUGGAGAGGUGAAAUGGAGUCAGGAUGGUGUACAGCUUUAUAAACCAUCAGUAGAUCAAUGCAUAGAGGUAAUCAGUAAACUGCAAGAGGACGAUGACGUCAUUAUACUAAAAGACUCAUCAUCUGACAGUACACAGUUCCUAAUACCAGCUUUAUUGGAGAGAAGUACAAUAAAACAACUUUUUAUGUCCUCAUCAUUCUUAUCACGUGAUGACAUCCUCUCAUUCUCUUCUCAACUAUCAGCUAACAAAUCUUUAACUGCUUUAUCCCUAUACAAUGGUUCAAUCAGUGAUGAUGGAGUCACUUCACUAGCACAAUCACUACAAUACAAUAAAAUGCUUCAAUACUUGCAACUUAGCUACAAUCCUGGCAUCACUUCAGUCUGUGCUCACUCACUGGCUGAACUUUUACUCAUAAAUAACACACUCAGUUACCUUGAUCUCAGCCAUACUAGCAUUGAUACUGAUGGAGUAAUGAUACUAAUGGAAUCACUUACGAUCAAUACUGCACUAGAGGAGCUUUGGCUAGAUAAAGAACAUAACAAAGUUUGUUCUAAUUUGCCUUAUUAUGAGCAUAUUAAAGGCAGAUUAGUCUUUUAAUAAGUAAUUUUUGAUAUGCAAAUUUAAUUUAUUAUGUGUGGAUUUAUAAAAUAAUUAUAGAAUUUCUUUCAAUGAAAUAACAUAGAUUUAUCAAAAA